AUGUCUCAUGAAGAUGCCAUUCCAAUCGGUGAAGGUUGGACACGGCACAGUGCAGACAUGUUGCUGCACCCUCCAUCACAGGUGUACUUUGCCCAGCGUGGAGAACAGCGUGGAAAAUACUUGCUGAAGUCGGAGGAUGCCUGGACUGUGUGCCCAGCACCACACGUUGGGACCGACUGCCCAAUGGAGGUUCGAGCAGCUGCUGCAUCAGUGCUUCGAGCCAAUCCUGAAGGUUCGGCAUCCGACAGGAAACUUGACCGAUCGGUGGUCCUGGCGGACAUGCCGAAGACGGCCCGCCUUGCACUGAAGUUCCCGCUCGGCUUUUUGGACACACCAGCUUGCUGCUACGCUCUCUUCACGGGCCUUCGUGGAAGUGCGGCUGCAGCGCAGUGGUGUGCAACGCAGUUUCAUCAGCGGCUGCUCAGGGAGGUUGCGAAGAAGAUCCACGGCUGGUGGGACUCUGAGGCAGAGAUGCCGGAGGAGCUCCUGUACCGUGGUUCGCAUGUAGGCUCUUUGGCCAAGUGUCUCCGACACGUCCUGGAGGCUUUGGAUCACGACUUGCUUCAUGGUCCUCUUGGCUUUGCGGGCUGCGACGGCGUCGUUGCAGUCCUUAUCGGAGAAAAUCUCGUCACAGCCGCAGUGGGUGAGGCAUCUACCACUCUCCUUUUCGAUGAUGCAGAUGCCGUGCCCCUGAUUCCUCUACUAGGUCAAGAUGACGAGGAGGGUGAGGACGAUGCCAGCAAGCCCCUUUCUUCCAUUGUUAGCAAGCUGUUGCAGCUGCCAAGAGGCCACGCAUCCGAACAAGGAGCGUUGAUUGGGAGCAAUGGGUUGCAGCGGGCAAAAUGUGUCUGGGACGCGCAGGCGGAAGAGGUUGAUGAAGAUCCCGUUUGCCGGAUUCUUCGAGCUCCUGAUGCCUUUGCGGUGUUGGGUAUUGGUGAGAAAGGUCCAGAUCCGGCAGAAGCAAAAGCCACGUACAAGCGGCUGGCUUUGCGGGUGCAUCCGGACAAGGUCAGGAACGGCAGUGCAAGUGACGCAAAGGCAGCUUUUUCUCGGCUUGAUGCCGCUGCCAAGAUCGUGGAGGCCUUGUCUGAGCACGACAUAGAUGCCUGCCGCGAGCUUCGCCGAGUCUUGCGAUGGGAUCCGCUGACUGUUAAGGGGGCCUGCCAGCUUCUGCAGGUGGAGCUCGAGUCGGAUGAGGCUCAAGUGAACAAGGCCAAAGAUACCUUGAAACACAAGCUUGCCAAAGUGCAGCUUCCUGAAGCACUUUCUGAAGUUCAGAAGGGCCUUGAUGCCUGUGUUACAGCGGCCCAAACUCUUCGCAUUGCUCGGCAAGUUGGCCCCUCUUCAAGCGAACGACUGGUCCUAGAAGGAGUACCAUUGGGAAGUUUGACAGCCAUCGGACUUCGUGACCUGCGUGACAUUGGCGGAAAUCUGCAGGUGCGGACUGCAUCAUACAGGGCCGGCGAGGAUGUCCGUGUGGCAUUGUGUUGUGGCGCAACUGCUCAGCUUAACCUCAAGGACUUGGAGGAGCCAGCAGCCCUCUGCCAGUGGCAGCCCAAAGCGGUUGCUAUCCAAUGGGCUACGAAGGCCAUGUCGCUGCCUCGAUCGGAGUCGUCAGCUUCCAGCAUCUGCAUAUGUAUACGUGAGCGGGAGGACGAGGAUGAGGUUGCGGAGGAUCCCUCUGGACGUCCUGCCAAGAGGCAUAGGGGCGCUGUCGGUCCACGGUCAGUGCGCCUGCGGCACCUGCUGUUGCGAUGUGCAGAGCCUGGAAAGAUGCUUCCAGAAGACCCAAUGGCCCGACGUGCUCGGGCAAAGACGCAGCAGAAUCGGACCCCCGCUGAAGCAGAGGUUGAACUGGUGGCCGUUCUUCGCAGCCUUCUGGCCAUGGACACGGAUGUGAAUGGAGCUGACCCAGAUGCACAGAGGAGUUCUGCUUUCCGGAAACUUUGUCAACAGCGGUCAGAGUGCUCUUCAGCAGACAAUGCCGGGCAGCUGUGUGGUGAUUUGGGCUGGGUGUCAAGGGGCCAGUGUGAGCCUGCGUUUGAGCAGGCAGCGUUCACGCUUCGCAAGGCCGAGUUCAGCGACGUGGUGACGACGUCUCGGGGCGUUCACUUGAUCCAGAGGAUUGCUUAA